UCAUGCAAUUAAUAUUUACUUAUAUUUGUUUAUAUAAUAAGCAUUUUUCACCUACAUAGAUGUCAUAAAAUACGUAUUCCAAAUGCAUUUAAUAUUUUUUUUUAAUAAGCUAAAUAUUAUUUUGAUCAAAGAAAUUCAAAAUUUCCCGGAUGUAUAAAGCCGAGCGCUCGAUUUCUCGAAUAAUCACAAGUCGACUAUGCUACCCGACGCUCAGCUGUUAUCGCUGUUGGUAAAAUUAUGAAAAGAUGCGUACGAAUGAUCUCCUGUUGUUUUACAUAUUGUUGAUCGCGCCAAUUUCAAUUGCUCUGUUCCUGUAUGGUUUUUUCCCGACUGCUCAUCAUAGUGACACGAUCGCCACUCGAAAAGAUAUUCCGCAACAUGUUGAGAAUGUUAGGAUACAGGCAGAUAUACUGUAUAAACCGGUAGUGAAGAAGUUGAUAAUUAUGGUGAUUGAUGCGCUAAGAUGGGAUUUUGUCGCAAGCCCAGUAGGGAAGCAUGCCAUGCCAAUGACGAGUAGUUUACUGGCAAAUUCUUCUGGUUGUUUACUCCGGGCAAAAUUGCAAUCUCCGACAGUAACAAUGCCCAGGAUAAAGGCCAUGAUGACUGGCACAGUGCCGAAUUUUGUGGAUGUUGUACUUAACCUUGGAAGUAAACCUCUGUCCAGUGACAGCCUGUUGCUCCAGGCAAAGAGACAGGGACACAAAUUGGUGUUCUAUGGGGACGAGACCUGGCUCUCCCUGUUUCCCAAUAUGUUCAAGCGUCAUGAUGGCACAACUUCGUUUUUUGUUACAGAUUUUACAGAGGUGGACAAUAAUGUGACUCGACACGUGCAGAGCGAACUGAGUAACGAAGACUGGUCCGUAAUGAUUCUGCAUUAUCUUGGACUCGAUCACAUCGGUCACGUCGAAGGCCCAUUCGGUGCAUCAAUUAAGCCCAAGCUACAGGAAAUGGACGAGAUCAUCGGUCAGAUCGCCCGUAAAGUGCAGUAUUGGAACGACAACAGCACUCCUUCACUUUUCGUCGUCUGUGGCGAUCACGGGAUGAAAGACUCAGGCGGCCACGGCGGUUCGACGCUGCAGGAGACGACGGUACCGUUCGUCAUGAUAGGACAAGUUCGCUGUCCCACGCGGAAGAAUGAAUCGAAGCCAAUCGAAAUUGAGCAGCUCGACAUAGCGGCGACGCUUUCGGUCGCUAUGGGACUACCCAUUCCCUCGAUAAACCUCGGCUCCGUCUUCUUGGAUAGUAUCUACGAUCUUUCCGACUCCAAGAGACUCUUUCUUCUCUAUUACAACACCAAGCAGCUGUUCAACCAUUUCCGGAGACUCGUCACCAGCGAGUCACAAAAUAUACAUCGGAAGUACAGGAACACCGUGAAGCUGCACAUCGGCUGGCUGAAUGCGAACGAAAAGCCGAGCGAGAUGGUAGAGAACAUCGUCUCUUCGUACAACGCGAUCCUCAAGGAGAUGAAGGCCACUUUGAUCGCCAGUAUGGUUAAGUACGACAUUCGCUCGAUGGCUGCAGCCGUAUUCUUUCUUUUUCACAUACUUUGCAUCUUGCUCGUCGUACGAAACCUUACUGGGUCUACGUUCAAAAGGACCGCGUUCUUCUUCCUGCUAAACGCGAGUUUGUGCCUGGGGAUAGAUUACUUCCUCGAUCCCGAGAACACGACUUCGCUCUACCCGACGAGUGUGUUCAGCCUUCUCUUGAUCGUGCUUGUCAUCAGUAUUCUAUGCGUAAAUUGUUAUUUUCUGUCGAGCGUGAAACGCGGCGACUUGUUCCUUAUAAAGGUGAAAAAGGGAUCGAAGAUGCGGGUGUUCCAGAUCGGUGCGUUAUUGCACGUAGUGAGCUUUGCUGGUAACAGCUUCGUCGAGGAGGAACACCAGACUUGGUAUUUCUUCUGGAGCAGUACGGUUGCGUGUUUGCUCUAUCGUUGCUCCGGAAAAUGGUUCGCGUACCAUCGAUAUUGCAGUGAUUCUAGUCAUCAGUUCCACGUACUUUGCAUUAAGUUAUUGUUGCUACUGAUAGGACACAGAAUUCUGCGAAAACUAAAUAGCACCGGCGAUAAGUACGCCCAUCUGCCCGACAUAGCCGGUUGGUUGAAGGAUGACGAUAGCAGAGUAGGAAUGACGCUCCUGCUGCUCGCUGCGCUCGUUUUUCUAAUUUGGAUCGCUCACGAUUGCGAGGAUAAGGAAUAUAAGUGGCAAUCGUUAAUACUUAAUACAGUGAUCGCAGUAUGCAUAUAUCUUCGCCACAUGGCCAGUGGAGCAGUCGGCAAGAUUCCAUCAUAUUUCUCGUCAAGCGGGAUAUACGAAGUGCAAACGUUUUGGGGGAUAACAGCGUUGUUUCUCAUAAGCUGCGGUUACCGCGUGAGAUUAACGAUCAAAUACAACAGGAAGCGUUUCACGAGCACCAUGCUGUUCUUCAUGAUUAAUACUUGGGUGAUGGUCUCGGCGAUGUUGCACCAGCCGUACAAUGUGAUCCUAUUGCCGAUGCAGAUCGUCGCGAGCUCAACGAUAGACACCGUACUAAGGGAGAAUAAUUUACUCGAUCUCAGCGUUUUCGCGCAUUACUGGCUCGGCAACGUAUUUUAUUUUUACCAGGGCAACUCCAAUAGCCUCGCAAGCGUAGACGUCGCGGCGGGGUACAUCGGCCUGCGUUCUUAUGUGCCCUUCGUCACCAGCGCGUACUUAAUCGUCAACACUUAUUCUGCCCCUGUCUUGGCUUACUUCUUGCUCAUUUAUUACCGACAGUUGAAUGAAACGCACUCCGACGCUGUCGUGCGAACCAGCAAGACUUACGUCACGUGGAGACUGUUCACGAUGACCGUUUACACAAUCAUAGUCACAGCACAGCGUCACCAUCUGUUCGUCUGGUCGGUGUUCUCGCCGAAAUUAUUGUACGAGUCGAUGUACUCCGUGAUAAUGUGCUGCAGCACACUACUGGUGUUGAUAGUAAUCAAGUUGCAACGUGCAAUGACACCCAAUUACAGCACAUCAACAUCGACGACGUCGCAGUUCUGAUCGCACGAAUUUCAAUACUCGACCGAGAGCCAUUCCGGAAGUACGAUAUUGACUGUACAGAAAUUAAUGUACUAUACUAACUAUACUAUACUAACGGACAUUUAGUGGUAUAAGUAAAUGUGCGACGACAGUGGUCAUAUUGUUCAACGGAAACUUUAUUUUCGCUUUAAAAAGGGAAAAAAAGGAUCUCGACAAUCGUCGCAUUUCGCUCGAUCAGAAGGAAUUCGAGGAGUCCUCUGAACAGGAUGCGACCAUCUCAUCAUCUCGUCUAUCUAUUAUCAAUCACAACCGAAGUACAUUGGUACCAUUUCUUACCAACGAGAGAUCAAGAGACGCAGCACAUGGAACUGUUCGGAAAGACUUGUACUUAUCUAAAACGGUCGAACAGCCGAUGACAAUUGAAACGAAGCUAUGAAAGUAGCUCAAGUUACGAGAUCAAGGAUAACUUGUGCAAAAAUAUUAUGUAUGAUAUAUUUAAUAUAUAUAUAUAUAUA